AUGUGGCAGAAGAUGCAGAAGAAGGAGCUGGAUGCAGACAGCAACCGGACCCCAGAGAAGACAGUGGGGCAAGACAGCUGGGACUCUGCAGAUCCUGUGGCGGAGACCGCCUCCAAUGACCUGAACAUCCGCCAGGGACUCGGAGGCUCGCGGCUCUGCCGCAGAAAAGCCGCAGCACAAAGCCGAGCCGGCCGCGAACCCGAGCCGCGCGCCGGGGAGGGCCGGCCGGCCGAGGACGCCGCGGGGCCCGGGGCCGCGCCGGCAGAGACGGCGCCCCGGGCAGAUUCCGAAGGCGGCCACGCGCCAGCCGCCCCCGACCCUUCCUCGGUCGAUCCGCCCUCCGACCCAUCGGCAGAUCGUAUUUGUCUGAUGUUUUCUGACGUGACUUCACUGAAAAGCUUUGACUCUCUUACAGGCUGCGGAGAUAUUAUCGCAGACCCCGAGGACGAGGCCGGGCCCGGCUGUGCCAAGCAUGCCCCCGGGCCGGGCCAGCCGGGCCCCGCCACAAAGCCGCCGGGCGUGGUGGCCUACCAGGGAGGCGGGGAGGAGAUGGCGAGCCCGGCCGAGGCGGACGACUCGUACCUGCAGGAGUUCUGGGACAUGCUGUCCCAGACCGAGGACCGGGGAGAGGGGCCCCAGGGAGGAGCGGCCCCGGCGGCGGCGGCGUCCGACGCGCAGGUGGCUCCCGAGACCCCCAAAGAAGCCAGGUGUGCGGAGGUGACCAAGGAGGCGUCCUCGGUCAAGCGCCGGAGGCUCCACCGGGUCCCCACGGAGCUCCCCCCGAAGGAAGAACCCAAGCACCCAGACAAGGAGCCACAGGAAGGCGUCCGCAACAGCGACGAGGGCUACUGGGACUCCCCCACCCCCAGGCCGGAGGAGGACGGCGGCGCGAGGAAGACGGGCCUCCCCCGGGACAGCGACAGUGGCGACGCGCUCCACGAGCUCUGCGCCGCCGAGCCGGAUGGAAGCCCCGCGGCCCUGCCCGCCGCCCCCGCCGCCAGCGAGGAGACGUCCUGCUCUUCCCGGUUAAAGCCUGUGUCUCCGGUCACCAUCACCUGCCCGCUGCGAACGCCGGGGAGCCUGCUGAAGGACUCCAAGAUCCCGGUCAGCAUCAAGCAUCUGGCGAACCUGCCAUCCAGCCACCCGGUGGUGCACCAGCCACCAGCCAGGAGCGAGCUGCCCAGAACCAAAAUCCCGGUGUCCAAGGUGCUGGUCCGCCGGGUCAGCAGCCGGGGCUUGGCUGGGACCACCCUCCGGGCCGCGGCGUGCCACGAUAGUGCCAAAAAGUUGUGAGGUCUCCGAGGCCGAGGUGGAGGGGCCGCAUGUCGAGGAUUACAACUUUGUCUGGAAACUGCUCGGACAAAUGUUGCGUCCCCAGAGAAAGGCCUUGCCGACAGUCCCCACUCGGAGCCUGGACCCAGGAGCUCUGCCCCCAGGCAGGGGAAUGCUGCACAACGGGAUUCCCCCUCCAGAUAAUUCCCUGAGGAUUCUUUUCAAGCACUUUUUUUUUUCCUUUUUUUAACCUUUUUAAAAAUGCCCCCCCCCCCCUUUCUUUUUUCUUCAUUGCACCGAACUUUCGGAAGUCACCUUUACUUGCCUUUGCAGAAAAUAAGACUUAACUCAACCUAAGGAAGCAUCAUGCCAUGAUAUUUGGCUGUGUCACCGUCCAGCGGGCCUCCAGGAAGCAUCUGAAGAACCAGAGAGGAGCCCUCCUCUUCCUGACACUUUACUUCCUUAUUUUCCUUUUCCUUUCCAGGAGAAAAAAGAAAAACAAAAACAAAAACACCCUUUGCUGUAUCACUGUGUGGGAAACACCUGCAAAGCUGAAAGAGCCAGGUACUUACCUGAUGAUCAGAGGCAGGACUGAUGGGCAGAAAACCUGCUGUACUUUCAGUUGCUAGGUAUGCAAAUAGAUAUAUAUCUACCACUAAGAUGAUCACAGAGUUUGGGUUUGGUGGGUUUAUUUAGAUCAUUUGUUUGGAGAGAAAUAAAAACCUCAGCAGAGCAGGGCUUUUUUUCUCUCUCUCUUUUUUUUUAUUUCCCCACCUAGUACAGAGAUGAGGACCAGGGCAAGAUUUCACUAAAUGCCAACAGACACAGUGUUUUAGCAUUUAUGAACUGUAACCUUUUCAUGUGUAGAUAACGCAUCUUUUACAGAUUAUCCAACUGUUAACCUUUUAUAAUCUGUCAGUAACCUCCAGUUUAAAAUCUGGUUUUAUAGCUAGACUCCGUAACCGCUCCCAAACCAUUGAUGUUCUUUUAUGUACUGUAAACAGAAGCAGUUCUCUUUUUGUUUUAUAAGGGUUCUCUGGCUUUCAGUGUAGGGGAAAAAACAUCUAUUGUGUUGAUGUCCCAAAGGAAUGGUUCUGCCUUGUCUUGGGUAAAAGUCUGUUUCUCACCCUGAACCCUGGUUUUCAGAGAUUUUUACCUUGGUUAUAAAAAUUUAGGAUUCAACCAUGUCUCAGUAUGAGGAGUCCAAAACGAGGAACACGUAAAGAAAAACAAUAGAAAAUGUAGUUUUUUCAUUGACUUCUUCUUUAUGACUUAGGACUGAGCCACAUAUGUUAAGAAUAUGACACUGGGAAACUUAUGUAUCGUUAACAUUGUGUGCCAAGAUUAUUUUUGAAAAGUGAUUUACUUAUAUGUGUGUUUUCUGUUAUUUUAGAUGAAGCAUUUAUUUCAGAAAGGGUUACCAUAUGCCUCGAUAGUUUGAAUGAUAAACUGAAGCCUUUCCUAGAAUAUUAUUAGGGUCUAAUGGUUAUAAAAUAUCUUCUUUGAAACAUUUCAGUGUAUUUAAUCAAAAGAUCAUAGCUUCUACUAGGAGAUGGUUCAUGGUAUUGGGGAGAUUCGUAUUCAAGUGAAACCACACACACAUAAAAGACAUGUACGCUUCUCUUCAACUCUCAUUUUCCAGGGAGAUUCCCUAAGUAAUGAACUGGUAGUACAUGCUUGUUAAGUUUGUUUUCUGUUUUAUAAAAGAAAGAAGAAGGCAAGUAUAUGAAGAUCUAUUUUAAUAAUAUGAAAGAAGUCACAAAAUAAACAGACAUCAAAGGAAUACAAAUCCUAGCCAAUAGCACAAAGCAGGUUGUUCCCCAUUUUAAACCUGCGAUGACUCCAUUAGAAGAAGUGGUAGAGAUUGACUGAAUUUAUUUAUUAUUCAGAUUACUGGCUUUUAUUGCGUUGUGUCAGAUCCUUAAUGUUAUUUCAAAGUAGUGUUUUAAUAUUUAAUUUCCUAUGUCUGUCGAUGAGGUCUCAUAGGCUGACAUAGCCUUGAGCACUCUGAAUAUACCACCAAGAAUUCAUAAAGCAGCUCACACGUGCUCAGGCACUCAACUGUGCACAGCCAACAGACAAAGGCGUUCACCGUGAACUUGGAGAUGACUUAGAGAUUAGUUUUGUCUUGAGAAAGGGAUUUGAAUUCGAUUCAACACUGAUCAUACUACUUAGACUCAAAAUUUGUCCAUUUCCCCCUAGUGAAGGGGAGGAACAUAAAUUUUAUUUCUAGCUGUAAAACAAAGGAUCUUUAUUUUCUUCCUGUGCAUCUUCUUGCAGGGGUUAUAGUCUCCCCAGCCUGAAUCCAUGACAGAGUUCUGUUUGUUCAAUAGCACAGGGAAGGUAGGAAGUCCUGAAGGACUGAUGAGAAUAUUGUAAUAGGAAGACAACCUAUUUAUCUAUUUUGUAAGCGCUGGAACAAACUAGUUUUGCUUUCAUGGUUUUGGGACUUGUUUCUACAUUUGUACCUCUAUGUUGUGUCUUUAUUAGCAAAGAAAAAUGUCAGCAAAGUUUACCUUAAUUUCCCCUUGCCUGUCAGUGAACCAUUUAUACAAGAUUUAAACUAUUUUUUUCUGUUCUUUUUCCCAUAUAUUUUCCUUUUUUUUUUUUUUUAAACUCUCUAUCUUUAAGAAUUCCAUCCACACUAGUCAAAUGAAGGAUUCAGGCAAUGAGUAAAAUGGCCUCAGUCACUGAUGGGAAAUCAAGACCAUUGUAGGGAGCUGUGUCUUAACCUUUCCAACCACAGACAAGGGAUUGUCAUUGCCUUUUUGUGCCAAGGGCUACUUUCUCUUAUUCAUGUUCAUAGAGAUUGUAUUCUAGAAUUUUAGUAGAUUUACAUUCCAGUAAUUAUUAAUGCUCUUAUGUAAUUUGGCCAUAUUUGCUGUUUUUUUAAAGGAAAGGAUUGGAUAUGGGCUGCUGACACCUUUCUUGUGAAUCUAUGAUGCUAAGAUAGUUGGUUGAGACCCUUUAGUCAAAGAGUUGGCCAAAUUCUGUAGGAAAAAGUCAAAUAGUUUUGUUGUUCAUUAGCUAAAUCAUGUCUGACUCUCUGCCACCCCAUGGAUUGCAUCGUGCCAGGCUCCCCUGCCCUUCACUGUCUGCCGGAGUUUGCUCAAACUCAUGUCACUGAGUUGGUGAUGUCAUCCAACCAUCUCAUCCUCUAGGUCCAAAUCAAUUGUUGGCCCUCCAUUUAUCAGUCAUUUUAACAACUUGGCAGAAAGACAGCCUGACUUCAGCAUCUGUGUUACCUAGGCAGUGUGGCUCGAACCCCUAUGCCUCUUACUAAAGUUUUCUUGCUUCCAUUAGCCCUAGAGCAUUUUGAAUCAUCUCAAGAGGAAGUAGAUUUGCAUUAUGUCAUCUAAUAA